AUGCGUACCAAGCAUGACCCAACGUUGAAAUAUAUGGCCAAUAUUGUGGAUUUCGGGGAGCAUAGUAACAAUGAAAUCCAGCGGGCAGUGCUGCCACGAACAGAAUCUGGUUAUAGUCACACGUUACUUAUUUUUGACGAUUUUGUCAAAUUACAUCCACAGGCCGUCAUUCCGCCGGACAUCAGAACCUGCAGGGCUUUUCUCGAGUGGGUUGCAAGAGGAAUGGACGGUCGGAUCGAAGAAAGACCUACAGUCGAGACGAUUCAGGGAUUUUUUAGGAAAUUCGCCACUGGUAUGAAGAGACAAAGAGACAUUGAAUUCCCACUAGCCACUAGGACUACAAUCAAUGGGUAUAUCGUGGGAGAACUAAAGAUCAAGAUCCCUCUCUCAACUGAGCAGAUGAAUAAAGAUGGCGGUGUAUCCCCAAAUGAUUUGACAAUCUUGAUGACUCAAUUAUGGUGUCGAGACUACCAUCAGUGUCGUGGAUCCCCUGCCGAUCGGGCGAGAGUUCAGCUGAGUGCCGCAAUGCUCCUAUAUUGCUUUACCUCUGCACGCACGGGGGAAGUUCAUGAAUCAACCGCCCGGAGACACGGAGCCCGGGAGAUCGAACAGGACGGCGAGGAUAUUGAUUUAGAAUCCCGCGUGAUGGCUGCUUGUUAUAAGCAUUUCGAACUCACCAUCGAGACUGUGGAUGGUAUGACAAUGCUUGUACUCACUUACGAGCGCGAAUUUGUUAAAGGAUAUUGGCGACAGACAAAAUGGGAGAUUCCCAAGCACGCAUUCUACGAAGUGUACACCGAGGAUGUGCCUAUAUUUCUAAACCUUUUGACAUUCUUUUUACCAAUGGCCACCGCAGAUAAAGCUUUCAGAGAUUAUGGUUCAGUGAGCGAGAUCCUAGAUGCUGUCGACAUACAUGAGAAAGUCGGUCCUUCGGAGGAUAAGAUCCUUGAGGUGAUUCAUGUCCGGCAAGAAAUGCGAGAUUUGCCAGUUUUUCGCCAAUAUCUUGAGCAUAAUGUGGACAAUUUCAAAGGCCAUGCGAGGGGAGCGGAUUCCUUCGGAAAGGCCUUGGUCGAUCUAGGGAAUCUCCACUUUGGAGCAGCUCAGGAUGCUUCCGAAGCGCACGUGGACCGACCGCGCUGGAUUUUCCGCCCCAAGUCGAACGAACCGGUUACUCCCACCCCUGAAAGCUCGCCCGCCAUUCAGACUCAAAAGGGACGAGAAAUCGUGGGUUUAACCAUCUCUGUCGACCAUAAGAGCCCCAAGAUCUCACACCUUGCUAUUGACAACACGAACAUCAGUAGUGAGCCGGGUGCUUCCACUGCAAUAACUACAAAGUCUGAGAAUUCAAACAGCAGAAACAUUCCCAAGGAGAACUCCACUGCCGCAUCUACCAACUCAGAACCCAUAAUAAUGGAAAAAUGGACUGUUGAAUCAUCACCCAAUAUAUCAACUAGGGCUGCUUCGACUACUUCAACCACAUCCUCUACCCACAACCUUCGUGAUGACUUGGCCCCUGGGCUGGAAAGCCUCAUUGAUGGCUCAACUAGUAGCUCCACAUCAUGGACUGCCUCGACUGUGACCUCCGCUGCCGCACCGCCGACCAAGGCAUCUACUUCGCGUGCUUCGACUAAGUCAACGAAUCCAUCCACAGAUAUUGUUGAUAAUUUACGAUCGAGCCUGGACAUCCUCCUUGGUAGCUCAACAAGCAGUUUUGUCACUGUGGCGUCCAAUGUAUCUGGAUUCUCUAGUGCCGGAAGUGCCAACAGUGCCGGCUCCAGCAAUACCAGCGGCUUGAAUGCGACAAGCUUCACUGCGAACAUUUCGGGAUUGGACCACCCUGACCACUUGGGUCUAGGCGACAAUUCCUCUACCGAGAACAAUAUCACUGCUACCGUCUUCAGUAGGACUGCCAUUCAGUCUAUUGUACUACUCAAUGUGUCUGUCUCCACAACUAGCUCGCUCUCGAUCACCUCUCCUCCCAUGGGAACCUCAAGUUCUAGUAGUUUGCUCAAUGAACUUAUAUCUGGCCUGGAUUCGCAGUACGGCAUCACUCCUUCUGGGACUGGCAUUACUGUAUUUUUCCCAAAUGUGUCUGUGCCCAGUAUAAGCCUUUCGCAGUCCAAGUCGACCAGCGUCGCUUCUUCCCUGGGGCUGGGGGAAAACACCAUUGUACUGAUCCCCACAUCAACCAACCGUAUUGAAACAGUCCACAUCUCGUACUUACCCAGUUUGAAUUUUAUUUCUGCUUCCGGUAUUGAAUUUAGCACUGGCAUGAAAUCUAGUCUUGGCACAACAACCAGUAUUGGCACGUCUAGCACUGGCAUCGAAACCAGUACUCGCAUAUCUAGCCCUGGCACGGAAGCUAGUACUGGCAUUGAAACUAGCACUGGCAUGAAAUCUAGUCUUGGCAUCGAAACUAGCACUGGCAUCGAAACUAGCACUGGCAUCGAAACUAGCACUGGCAUCGAAACUAGCACUGGCAUUGAAACUAGCACUGGCAUGAAAUCUAGUCUUGGCACCACAACCAGUACUGGCAUCGAAACUGGCACUGGCAUGAAAUCUGAGACUGGUACCGCAACCAGUACUGGCACAUCUAGCACUGGCAUGAAAAUCCAGCGACAAAUAGUUGAAGAGCAACCAGGUCAACGCCUGUGA